AUGGAAGCCUAUGUUGUGCUUGAUAUUUGUGCGCCAAUUUCUAAUCAAGAAAUCGACCGAGCCAAACGUUGUUAUGCUCAUCUGAAGAAAAUCGACUUAGCUGAUAGUAACCAUGGUAACGAAGAGAUGGAAAUUCAGUUGCUGAUCGGAGCGGAUUAUAUGUGGUCCUUUUUCACGGGAGAAAUCGCGAGGGGAGAGCAAGAGAUUGGUCCAGUGGCGAGCAAAACAAGUCUUGGAUGGGUACUAUCGGGUCCAAUUUCAACUACGAAGAAACAGAAACUGUCUAACGUAAAUUUUGUUUCAGCACACGUGCUAAAGAUUGCCGGAAAUUGCCAAGAGAAACCCACAGCUGAAGAAUUACUUCACAAGUUAUGGGAUAUCGAGUCCAUUGGUAUACGAGAUAAAGAAACAGUCCACGAAUCGUUUUUGAAGAACGUCACCUUUGAAGAUGGAAGAUAUUCUGUUAUCUUACCAUUAAAGGAACAACACGAACUUUUACCAGACAACUAUGACCUGAGCUUAGCGAGAUUGAACACUUUGGUUAAACGUCUGCGUAAAGACCAACCAAUCCUUCAAGAGUACAACGGAAUUAUCGAAGAACAGCUUCGCCAGGGAAUAGUUGAAAGAGUUCAAGAAUCGCAAGAGCAUCAAGUCGGACAGACACACUACUUACCGCAUCAAGCGGUCAUCAGAAAAGAUGCAUUAACCACAAAGACAAGAGUUGUAUUUGACGCCAGUGCGAAGGUCUGCAAGAAUUAUCCUUCCUUGAACGAUGCAUUUAUACUGGCCCGUCAUUAACACCAGGAAUAUUUGACAUACUACUACGCUUCAGACGAAACAAAGGAGGACUAGUUGCCGACAUCGUAAAGGCUUUUUUGAACAUAGCUAUUGACGAGAAACAAAGAGAUUUGAUGCGAUUUCUGUGGCUGGACGACAUCAACAGCGAAGACCCAAAUGUCGAAGUUUAUCGAUUUGCGAGAGUUAUUUUUGGAAUGAACUGCUCCCCAUUUCUAUUAAAUGCUACGCUACAUCAUCACGUUUCGGAAUAUUACCGUAAAGAUCUAGCUUUGGCAAAGGCCCUGUUAGAUGCUUUGUACGUGGACGACUGGACAUCAGGCGAAGAAGAUGAAGAUCGAGCGUAUGAACUGUAUCGUGAAACUAACGAGUGUUUUGCUUCAGGGGGUUUCAAGUUGCGAAAAUGGGCAUCGAACAACAAAGCAGUCAUCGACAAGAUUACCCAAGAGAGAGAACAAAGAGAAGGAGUAAAUAAAGCUGAUAUCGCCACAAAGGACGACGAAUCUUAUGCCAAAACCACGGUUGGUGGUCUGGAAGAAAUUGACCCUACUACGGAGCAUAAAGUUUUGGGACUUAACUGGAACCUUAAAAACGAUACAUUUAUUCUGAAACUGAACAAGAUCUCUAACCUUGGAAAAGGUCUUGAACCAACAAAACGGAACGUCUUGAAAGUUGCCGCCAAAUUGUUUGAUCCUUUGGGCUUGAUCUCGCCAGCGACAGUGCAACUUCGUAUGCUGCUGCAAGAUUUAUGUGCCAAGAAAUAUGACUGGGACAGUAUUAUUUCCCAAUCAAGUGCCAAAAUUCUUCGGAUAUGGCUCGAUGAUGCAGAGAAAGUUGACCAAAUUGUAAUUCAGCGUUAUUACUUUCCAACUGCGACUAAGAGAAUAGAAUCAGUCACUCUUCAUGGAUUUGGCGACGCGUCAAAGGGAGCUUACUGCGCGGUCGUUUAUCUGUGCGUAGAAACCGAGGAUGGCUACAUGACAAGUCUUGUGGCUUCGAAGAGCAGAGUAGCACCCUUGACACCUAUAACGAUACCGAGACUUGAACUGAUCGCUGCACUCAUUCUUGCACGUCUGAUUUCCACAGUCAAGGAAGCACUCAGCGGAGUCAUUGACAUCGAAAAGAUUUUCUGUUGGACAGACAGCAUCACGGUCUACUAUUGGAUCCAAUCGAAUAGAGAAUUCAAGCAAUUUGUUCAGAACAGAAUCGAUGAAAUCCUGAAACUGACAAAUGCAGAAAACUGGCGACAUUGUGCCGGAAAGACCAAUCCUGCAGACAUUGGUUCCAGAGGAUGUCUACCAUCAGAACUUGUAAGCAAUGACUUGUGGUGGAACGGCCCUACCUGGCUAAAGCAGUCUCCACAGAGUUACCCAAUGUCAGAGAAAAUAGAGGAAACCGAAGAUCAGUCAGAAGAAUGCCUCAAGGAACUACGAGUUAAGGCAAUAUCGACCACUACAGCUACCAACCUUGUUAAAGAAACCACGUCUGUCAAGAACACUAACCUGUCAAGGAUUAUUGACAUUACCCGGUUUAGUUGUCUUGCAAAAUUGCUCAGAGUUACAGCUUUAGUGUUCAGAUUUGUUAAGAUCCUGAAGGAAAAACACAAUGAUUAUCAAUGUUCAGAAAACAUUGUUUUAACUACAGCAGAGAUUACAGAAGCUAGGAACACUUGGAUUCGUAAUUGUCAAAUAGAACUUGAACAGCAGCCAAACUACGAGACCUUGCAACAACAACUCGGAGUGUACGGAGAUAUAGAACACAUCCUGAGGUGCAAAGGGAGAUUGGAUCAUGCAUCACUGCCAGACGAAACUAGACAUCCAGUGUUACUACCACGAAACCACCAUCUUUCCACUCUUGUUGUUAAAUCGUGUCACGAGAAGAUUCAUCACGGUGGUACAAGAGAAACGCUAGCAGAGGUUAGGAGUGUUUAUUGGAUCCCGAAAGGAAGACAAUUCGUGCGAAAGAUUCUACAACAAUGCGUAACGUGCAAGAAAAUCCAAGGUGUGACUUUCCAACCACCUCAACCAGCUCAUCUACCCGAAACGAGAGUUACAGAAACAACUGCAUUUACCCACGUCGGCGUAGAUUUCGCUGGUCCGGUUUAUGUAAAGGAAAUGAAUGGUCACGAAAAGGAGAUGAAGAAAGCUUACAUCUGUUUGUAUACGUGUGCGACGUCUAGAGCACUUCACUUAGAGUUGACGCCUGACCUCUCUACCGAAGCUUUCAUCCGAUGUUUAAGGAGAUUCACUGCAAGACGAGGUACGCCGGCCACGAUAACAUCGGACAAUGCAAAAACUUUCAAACGAGCAAACAAGGAAAUAAUCAAGAUAUUUGAGGGACAAAAUCUACAACAAUUUGCAGAGAAUAUGGGUAUCACAUGGAAGUUUAUUCUAGAAAAGGCGCCGUGGUGGGGUGGCUACUACGAGCGAAUGGUUAAACUUGUUAAGCUAAGUUUACGCAAAGUUCUGGGACGAGCUCAAUUGAGUUACGAGGAAUUCAUGACAGUACUGACUGAAAUCGAAGGAGUUCUGAAUUCGCGACCUAUUACUUAUGUUUAUCCAGAUCUAACUGAGGAACCAUUAACCCCUUCACACCUGACCAUCGGGAGACGACUUGCCACAUUACCAAGUGAAGGUCAGCUUAGUGAUGACGAAAGUUCGGAAGCAACGUUCAAACGUAGAGCACGUUAUCUAAGCAAAUUACUGGAACAUUUUUGGAAACGAUGGUCUAGAGAAUACUUAGUAGACUUGAGAGAAUUUCACAACAGCAAAUCCACCAAAUCAAGGAGAAGAAUUCAAGUAGGAGAUGUUGUAUUGAUAAAGGAUGAUGGACUACCGAGAUCGAAAUGGAAACUUGCAGAAGUUAAGGAAUUGAUGAAAGGUAGAGAUGGAGAGACAAGAGGAGCUGUAUUGAGAACAGUUACAAAGAAGGGAUCCCAUACGAUCCUACGAAGACCAGUUCAAAGACUUUGUCCAUUGGAAGUGAAUAGUAACACAGUUAGCGAGCAGAAGAAAUUAUCUGAAGAAAAGAACGAAACAGUUGAAUCAUCGAAACCAGCUAGACGAAAGGCAGCUAUCAAAGCAGAUACUGUUCGCAGACUUUUUGACCAACGCUGA